CGAAGAUGACCUUGAUAUAACAGAGUAUUUCGAUGAAUCUUUCUACUGUAAUGAGGACAUUAGUAAUAUAACUAACAAUAUAGAGUCUGUAUCUUUGAAAGAAGGUGACUCAUUUGACGACUUUGAUAAAGCUAAAUUUUACAAUAACAAUGGUUUCCGCGUAUUUGUCACCACUCUAAACAAUAAUCAUAACCAUGAUUUAUCACCCGAAGCAAUUCAGUUUGAAAAAGAUAAACAGUUCACAGAAGAAAUGCGAGAAGAAAUUAACUUUCUUGUCACUAAAUGUCAUCUUGGUGCAACUAUGAUACGUCGUAUCUUAAAAGAGAAGUUUUCUUCUCAUCCUAUAUUUGCUAGAGAUCUUUAUAUUAAGAUACAGCGAUAUCGACCAUCAUUUAUGUGGGAAGAGGAAACUAAUACUUUGAUUAAUUUGUUUUGGAUGAGUCCUGAACAAAUUAUAUUAUGGUGUGAAUUUAAUGAGGCAGUUGGGCACGAUAAUACCGUGG